AGUAACAUAGAAAGGCUAAUUGUCCUCAAAGUUGAUAAUUCAAUCAAUCUCAAUGCUAUCUUUGCAUCCUCAACAAGGCUAAUUGUCGAUAACUCAAUCAAUCUCAAUAUCUUUGCAUCUAUGCUAAAAUUUAAAAGAAAAAAAAAACAAUAUGGAAGAAACAACAAAAGGAGGAGAUUCUCUCGAACCAUAUUCGGAACUUGAGGUCUCUUACUGUGGUGAAGUGCUUGGGGAUCAAGGAUAUUGCUCAAGAAGUAACGUUACCCUCUCUUUGCACCUCCCUUGGAUCCUUAUCUAUCCAAAAAUGCCCUGGCUUUGGCAGUGCCAGUCUUUCAAUCGUUGGGAAGUUAUGCCCUCAACUUCAACACGUUGAGUUGAUCGGCCUUUACGGUAUUACAGAUGCCUCAAUGUUUCCACUUCUAGAGACCUGCGAAGGGCUUGUGAAGGUGAACCUUAGUGGUUGCAUAAAUUUGACCAAUGAAACUGUUUCAACCUUGGUUAGGCUGCACGGAGGAAGGAUCGAAGUUCUUAAUCUUGAUGUUGCAGAAAGAUCACUGAUGCAAGUUUGGUAGCCAUUGCAGAUGCAUGCUUGUUAGUAAAUGAACUAGAUGCUUCGAAGUGUGCAAUCACUGAUGCCGGGCUUGCAGUUCUUUCAUCUUCAGAGCAGAUAUAUUUACAAGUUCUUUUCAAACUCAAUCUUUUUUUUCCAAAUCUAGACGUUUCCAAAUCUUAAACGUUUCCAAAUCUAAAGGAUAAUAGCCUACGUUUAUAGCCUUCGUUUCCAAAAAUCUUUUAUCCCCAUGUUUUUGCCUUUUUGGCAAUUUCCCAUAUAUAAAUUACAAAUCACCCACAAAUAUCCUAACUCUUUCUUUUUCUUCGUCCAUCAACUCCAAUUUUCAAUCCAUGGAAACAUUAUUUCAAAGAAUCCUCUCUGCUUCUAAGAAGAAUCCAUCAACUCCAAUUCCCAAUCCAUGGAAACCCUAUUUCAAAGAAUCCUCUUUGGAUCUCCACAAAUUUCCUAAAUCACGGCUAGCAGCACCUUCUUCGAAAUUGUUGCCGGCGCCAAGCAUGAUCGGUUGUCAGGGGAUCAAGAUGAUGGGGACCGGGAAGAGGAUUCCCAGGAUGGCGGUUUUGGAUAGGGGAUUGUGCUGUGGUAUCGGUUCUUGGGAUGGGGAUACUAAAGUGGAUAUGGCGCGAGUCGACCACGGAACGGACAACGGCUUUGGCGGCAACCCAUUCUCUCCUCAGUCUCAUCCCACAUCUCCUCCUGGAUUUUAUCGUAGAGUUCUUCCGUCUCCUCCCGCUGUAGAUUUUGCUUCUUUCGAUGGAAAGCGCCUCUUUACUGAGGCGCUUAGGGAUGGAACUAUGGAAGGAUUUUUUAAGUUGAUUCCUUACCAUCGAACCCAAUCAGAAAUUACUUAUUGUGGACUCACAUCCCUUGCUGUUGUUCUCAACGCUCUUUCUGUUGAUUGUGGUAGAAAAGGGUGGAUUGAUGAGACUAUGCUAGACUGUUGUGAACCUUUGACAAACAUCAAAACUGAUGGUAUCACAUUUGGUAAGCUUGCGUAUUUGGCUUGCUGCAAUGGUGCUAAAGUGGUAGCUUGUAGGACAAAUGAAAGCACAGUUGAUGAUUUUCGUAAGCACGUUAUAUCAUGUUCAUCCUCUCAAGACCGUCAUAUGAUCACUACCUUCCAUAGAAGAGUUUUAAAACAGACUGGAGCUGGCCAUAUUUCACCGAUUGGGGGUUAUCAUGCUGGAAAAGACAUGGUUCUCAUCUUGGAUGUUGCACGUUUCAAGUAUCCUCCUCAUUGGGUUCCACUCAUCCUAUUGUGGGAUGCCAUGAACACAAUUGAUGAUGAAACGGGACUACAUAGAGGGUACAUGAUAUUAUCAAAGCUAACUAGGGGACCGUCUAUUCUUUACUCUCUAAGUUGUCAGCAUGAAGGCUGGAAUAAUGUUAUAAAAUACUUAACAGAACAAGUUCCUUUACUUCUGAAAACUGAAAAUGUGAAAAGUGUAGAUGAAUUACUUUCUGUAGUAUUUAAAUUGCCACUUCAAAAUCUAAAGAACUUUAUCAAGUGGGUUGCAGAAGUCCGGGAACGAGAGGAUGGGAAUCUAAAACUAAAUGCAGUGGAAAAAGGAAAACUGUCUCUCAAGGAAGAGACAUUGGAACAACUACGAGCGACUGAACUCAUCAAACAUAUCAAACAGUUAUUGGCAUCUGGGACUCUAUGUGAAGGCUUCGAAUCUUUGUUUGACAAAGAUGCAUUAUCCGACGAAAUUGCUGCAACUGUUUCUUGUCAAGGGGCAGAAACUUUAGCUGUGAAACCUUGCUCAGCUGAUCGACGUUGUCAAUGGCCAUCUGUUAUUGAUGUUCUUACCAUAUUGUUGCUAUCACUGCCCCAACAUAUUUGGUUCAACCUUAAAGAUGAGAAGUUGUUGGCCGACAUUAAUAGGCUCGUUGGAGAAAACUACCUUCCUGCUUUGCUUCAGGAUGAGGUUCUGCACUUGAGAGAACAAAUGCAAUUUCUUAUGACUGAUCUCAUCUCUUAAUCCUCCUCUUCUUCACAUUAAAACCAUAUGGUCUGAAAAUGAAAUGUACGCUAGGAUGGUCUAACAGAUGGUCUCUAGGGUUUAUUAAUCAAAAUUACACCAUGUUACAUUGCUUUCUAUAACA